AUGGCGUAUAGCGGCGUUGGUGUGCUACCAUCUAACCUGAAGUCAAUCCAACAUUAUUUAAAAACUGCUGAUGAACACGACAAACGAGAUAAAGUGAUAGCUUAUUAUUGUCGCCUCUAUGCCCUGCAAAGAGCAAUGGAGAUUGAUAAGAAAUCUCCUGACUGUAGGACCUUUUUGAUGUCUCUUAUGGAUGUGCAAGAACAGAUGAAAGCUAGUUUAGCUGACAAUGAUGCCAUUCAAUCUGAAACAGUGGGUCAGGCUCAUUUGGAAAACUAUGCCUUGAAAUUGUUUCUCUAUGCUGAUAACAAAGACAGAGCUGGCGAAUUUGACAAAAAUGUUGUAAAGUCCUUUUUCACUGCUGGGUUGUUGUUUGAUGCUCUCUCUGUUUUUGGGGAAACUGAUGAAGAGAUUGAGAAAAAUAAAAAGUAUGCCAAGUGGAAAGCUGCCUACAUACAUAAAUGCCUAAAAAGUGGCGAGACUCCUAUAGCUGGGCCUCUUCCUGAAGAAGAUGAAAACGGUUCCAUGCCAUCUAUUAAUAUUCCUCCACAAAUUGGCUUUGGUGGUGCCAUGCAGCCUAACUUUGAUGGUUUACAACCCUCUACUUCUUACAACCCCAAUUCUAUGAACUUCCAUCCAAAUGGUCCUUCCAGCCAGCAACCAGAUCGAUUGCAAAAACCACCCUCUGGCUCCAUGGCACCCCCAACCACUCCACAGGACAGUGUCCAUGGCAACAAUUCGACCACCGUCCCAGCAGCAUCAAUGUACACACCUUGGAAACCUCCAGAAAAUCCAGCUGGUGUGCAUCUUUCCACCCAAGAUUACCAGAAGGCAAUGAAGUUUUGCAAGUUUGCUAGCAGUGCCUUGCAAUAUGAAGAUUCCAAGACAGCCAUUGAAAACCUUCAAAAGGCACUAACAUUGCUUACCACUGGACAAGAGAGUUAA